ACCAAGAUGGCAGCCACCAUGAUAGACUUGACACAAUUUCCUCACAGAACGGAAUUUAGUGGUACUUCUGAGGAAAAUGUCGCAUUUGCGAAAACAUUCUGGCAAUCUGUGCAAUUACAUCCGCCGAUGGAAUCCAGACUAGUUUCGAGCGAUAUACGACAGCGACUGAAAGUGGCCGCACCACGUUCACAAGUGAAAGUUGUACGCCAAGUUCCAAAGGACGAAGCACCAGAUUUAAAAAAAUUUUUUGUGCGUGCAAAAACUAUUGAGAAAAUGGAAGAAAUCCAGCGGCUAAACAAACUGUCACAGUGUCGAGAAGAAGAUUUACAGAGAUUACAACGACAAAGGCAGGAAAGGAUAAGGAAAGAUCUAGGUUCUCGUGAGCGUCGGAUGCAGUCUGCACCAGCAUGUCUGUCACAUAGUAAGAGCCUGACGCAGGUCAACGAGACACUGGAAGCCGUGGAGGAAAUCAAACAGCUAGACAUCCCAGACUAUGACUCUGAUGAAUGACCUGCUACAGACUGUUAACUUCAAAACA